UGUAAUGGCUGUUUAUUUUGGGGUUUUCGUUGGUUCUGCUAGGCUUUUUCUCGAGUAAUAUGCUUCCUAGCUGUUUCAGAUUGUAAAUAGUGCUAAAAAAUCGAUUGAUGAUAGAGCAAUGACCAUGAAAACGUGGAAUAUGAGCAGUUCCGAGGAGGUAUCCUGGAUCUCGUGGUUCUGCAACCUCCGGGGCAAUGAGUUUUUCUGCGAGGUUGAUGAGGAUUAUAUACAAGAUAAAUUUAAUUUAACUGGACUAAAUGAGCAAGUACCACAUUAUAGACAAGCUUUAGAUAUGAUACUUGAUCUCGAGCCGGAUGAUGAAAUGGGAGAACAUCCAAAUCAAAAUGAACUGGUUGAGCAAGCUGCAGAGUUGCUAUAUGGGUUGAUACAUGCCCGAUAUAUUCUUACUAAUCGAGGCAUUGCUCAAAUGGUUGAGAAAUAUCAGGCUGGUGAUUUUGGUCAUUGUCCACGUGUUUAUUGUGAAUGCCAGAUGAUGCUGCCAUUAGGCUUGAGCGAUGUUCCUGGAGAGGCAAUGGUAAAAAGUUAUUGUCCUAAAUGUAUGGAUGUUUAUACACCAAAAAGUUCACGACAUCAUCAUACUGAUGGAGCAUAUUUUGGGACUGGAUUUCCACAUAUGCUUUUUAUGGUUCACCCAGAGUAUCGACCAAAACGUACAACAAAUCAAUUUGUACCUAGGUUAUAUGGCUUUAAAAUUCAUCCUUUAGCGUAUCAGAUUCAACAACAAUCUGCGUCAACGUUUAAAACACCAUUGCGGGGUCUUAACUACAAUAACGGAAAACGUUAAGAGCGUUACGACAUAGCCUAGAACAUUUUUUUCAUUAAUCAUGAUACAAUUCCUAAUUUCGUCCCUAAGGAUUAAAUGAAAUAUUAUUUUUUAUAUCGCUCUUUAUACAUCUUAGAAAAGGCGCUGGAAAACUAAUUGUUUUGUUCGACUAUCGACUACGACAUUAAACACAGCACUCUACACUUUUCGGGUUUUUCCACGGUAUUUAUAGUAUGCCGAAAAGACUAAAGAGUGAUAUAUGAAAGUUCUAAUGCUCGUUAAGCGCCACGCUCGUCUUUAUUUCAAUUCUAGUAACAAUUUUCCUUUCGUGUUGAAAAUUAUAUAUGUAUCGUUACAUCAAGUCUUGUCCAUUAAAGCAAACGGUGAAAUGCAUACUUAGGUUAAUUAUUAGGAUGUAAGAGAGCAGACGAGGAUCAUGAAUAGAAUAUAUCCGUUUAGUUGACUUUCGCAUCUUCGAGAUUGCUAUCUAUUAGUUUCUAUAUAUAAAGAAGAUGACAGUCGAAAAUUGAUUGUGAAAACCAGGGGAACGGAUAGCAUUGGAUUCUGACUACUCAAACAAGACGAAUGAUACAUGAAUUGAUAACGUGUUAAAUUUAAUUUAAUUUAACUAAGAUGAUACGGACUUAAACUGUGGAAGAAGCAAUUUAUUUAUACUUGGUUUAUCUUAAUAAAGCUCAGAUAAAAGAAAUUGAAAGAAACGGAUUAUGUUCAAAGUCGUAAACUGCACGCUACUCUACAUAAUCUUCUUUACUACCGCAGUUCUUGGAAGACUUAUGUGUAACGUUUAGCGAGAUUCUAGCAAAAUGAAAAUUCCAAACAAUUUUUGGACGUUAUACGUAUCUAACAUAGGCAGUGUAUAUUUUAAUAUAGAGAAAUAGAAGUCAUUACUACAAUGGUUUUUAUAUUACAAUUACGAUAGGUAUUCAAAAUUGUUGUCUAUAUUAAAUUUAAACUAAAAUUUGUGGUAUUUAAAGGUGAUGUUUAAAAAAGAAAGAAAGAAUGACAAUAUUUCCCAUUGUAUCGUCUAUUAAAUUCCAAAACAAUUUUCGAUAAAUACAGUUUUGUGUUUUUUCAAUGUA